AUGCCGGGUGCUAGACGAGCAACCUUGGAACAGGAAGCUGAGGGUUGUGGUGCUAUACAACGUCUUCGGUUACCAUCAACCACAGAUCUCUGUUUAUUCGUCUGAUAUCUUGUGUCUGAUAUUAGUUAACUUGGCGUCAACUCGACCAGAUAAAUAAAUGUUAACGUCACGCAGUCGUGGAAAAGGUAACACGAUCAUACGAGGCUACGAGGAAGCAAAAGGAACAGUGCCUUUUCACGGAAACGCUGGAUACCUCUGUUUGUAUCGCAAAGCAUCAAAAUUCUGUCUACUUUCCCUUCUAACUUAUAUAUAACGGAAUAUGUAAUAUUUCAAAGUAAAAGAAUACCAUCGUCAGAUUGAUAAAUGAUUAUUUCUGUUUAAUAUCUUUGUGAUUGAAUCUUGAGACACAUAUAAUGAGCAUAUAUAAUCUAAACAAGAAAUCAAUUCUUUGGGUGACUGUUGAUAUUCGAACUAACUUUAUUUAAAGUUAUCAGUAGAUUUGUUAUCUAACGAUUACUAUAGCUUGUGUUUGUGAUAUAUUUUAAUAAUUAUUCUUUGUAUGACAUUUUUCUUUGUGUUUAAAAUAAUCUAUAUAUAAACAUUGAGCACUGAGAUACAGUUCUAUCAGAAACAAAAUGCUUCACGCAAAAACAAAAAAUGUAGAUUUCAAACCUCUUCAAUGAGUGGAAAUUUUACGACGAAAAGUUAUUUUAAUACUCUCAUUGUUCAAAUUUCAGUGAAAGUAUGGCUAUACGAGUAACAUCAGACAUAAUUCGUUAGAAAUGCGCCAAUUUUGUUAAAUUGUUAAAUCUCUUUCACACGUAAUUGAAAUCUGACAUUUGAUUCGUGCAUUUCCAUUAUUUUAGGUACAUUACAUGUGGUGCAGUUGUUCUCAAAGGAUGUAAAAUGUAAAUCACAAUCUUUCAAUUGUAAGAAUAACCAUCAAGAGAUGUGUACCAUAAAUAAAUUUAAACAUACAUCGACAAAUUUGUCUAAAGAUUCGAUUUCCUGUGAAAAGUUGGCCAAAGAAACAGUGGAACAAACUCAAAAGCAGGAAAGUUACAAAUUAAAUAACUAUGCAUUGGUUCAUAAAAUUCAUCCAAAUGAUUGCCCACUACGUAACAACGUGCCAGAACGAGAAAAAUGUACCGAACUUGACGACAUAUUGGCAAAAUGGAAUAUCUAUAAACCAAAAAAAUGA